CAAACACCAUAGUGUCACGUGCAUCGGGAAGUAGCUCUUCUUCAAAGCACCAAAUUCCCAGAAAAUUCAUACAAAAUUCAACCAUACGCCUUUCAUAAAAAAAACACUCCCGUUGCUCAGUAAACAACACCAGCAAUUCCCAAAAGAAUUACUAUAAAAUUCAAUACAAAUUUUGAAUUAAGCCGGUGGCAAUGUGGCGCUGCGUUUCUCGUAGCCUUAGGACUCCAUUUUCGAAGCGAUCGGUCUCAAAUGACACCGUUAGAUCUCACUUUUCCAGAUUCUUCUCCACCGGUUCUGGAAGAGAAUACACGAUAGUGGAUCAUACAUAUGAUGCUGUUGUGGUUGGUGCUGGUGGUGCUGGGUUGAGAGCAGCUAUUGGUCUCUCUGAGCAUGGAUUCAAGACUGCUUGCAUUACUAAGCUUUUCCCAACUCGUUCGCAUACUGUUGCUGCUCAGGGUGGUAUAAAUGCUGCUUUGGGAAAUAUGACUGAAGAUGACUGGCGAUGGCACAUGUAUGACACAGUUAAAGGAAGUGAUUGGUUAGGUGACCAGGAUGCAAUUCAGUAUAUGUGCAGGGAGGCACCAAAAGCAGUGAUUGAACUAGAGAAUUAUGGGUUGCCUUUUUCUCGAACAGAAGAUGGAAAAAUAUAUCAGCGUGCAUUUGGUGGUCAAAGCCUUGACUUUGGAAAAGGUGGACAGGCAUAUCGUUGUGCAUGUGCUGCUGAUCGGACUGGGCAUGCUCUAUUGCACACUCUCUAUGGCCAAGCAAUGAAACAUAAUACCCAAUUCUUUGUGGAAUAUUUUGCUUUGGACCUGUUGAUGAAUAGUGAUGGGAGCUGCCAGGGAGUGAUAGCUUUGAACAUGGAGGAUGGAACACUACAUCGGUUCUGUGCUGCUUCAACAAUUCUAGCAACUGGGGGAUAUGGUAGAGCCUACUUUUCCGCAACCUCAGCUCACACAUGCACUGGUGAUGGUAAUGCUAUGGUUGCACGAGCCGGGCUUCCACUCCAGGAUUUGGAGUUUGUGCAGUUCCACCCAACUGGAAUAUAUGGGGCUGGGUGCCUCAUCACUGAAGGGUCUCGUGGUGAAGGUGGUAUUCUUCGAAAUAGUGAAGGUGAACGCUUUAUGGAACGCUAUGCCCCUACAGCCAAGGAUCUUGCUUCAAGGGAUGUUGUUUCAAGAUCCAUGACCAUGGAAAUAAGGGAAGGUCGUGGUGUAGGACCUUUGAAGGAUCAUAUCUACCUCCACUUGAAUCACUUACCGCCAGAGGUGCUCAAAGAGAGGCUUCCAGGUAUCUCUGAGACUGCUGCCAUUUUUGCUGGUGUGGAUGUUACAAAGGAGCCCAUCCCCGUCUUGCCUACUGUGCAUUAUAAUAUGGGUGGAAUUCCCACUAAUCACCAUGGAGAGGUUGUAACUAUCAGAGGCAAUGAUCCAGAUUCUGUGGUACCUGGACUAAUGGCUGCUGGAGAGGCAGCUUGUGCAUCAGUUCAUGGUGCCAAUCGGUUGGGUGCAAACUCUCUUCUUGAUAUUGUUGUGUUUGGUCGUGCUUGUGCAAAUAGAGUUGCUGAAAUCCAUAGGCCAGGGGAGAAGCUGAAACCUUUGGAAAAGGAUGCCAGCGAGAAAACAGUUGCAUGGCUGGACAAACUAAGAAAUUCAAAUGGUUCUCUUCCGACAUCAAAAAUUCGAUUAAAUAUGCAACGAGUAAUGCAAAACAAUGCUGCUGUUUUCCGCACACAGGAAACACUUGAAGAAGGUUGUCAAUUAAUUGAUAAGACAUGGGACAGUUUCCAUGAUGUUAAGUUGAAGGACCGAAGUUUAAUAUGGAACUCCGAUUUGAUAGAGACUAUCGAGUUGGAAAAUCUUUUGAUAAAUGCCUGUAUCACCAUGCAUUCUGCUGAAGCUAGGAAAGAGAGCAGAGGAGCUCAUGCCCGUGAAGAUUUUACGAAAAGAGACGAUGAGAACUGGAUGAAACACACAUUGGGCUAUUGGGAGAAUGAGAAGGUGCGACUGGAUUAUCGACCGGUUCACAUGAACACAUUAGAUGAUGAAAUCGAGUCAUUCCCACCUAAAGCCCGUGUAUAUUAAUCCAUGCGUGUUCUCGGAAGGUUGAUACAGGCUUUAUGUCAACCCAGAGUAAGUUAUGGAGAACAAUGAUGCAAUAAACUCUUUGUACGUACAGCAGUUUGUGCCAUUCAUCAUCUAUCUUGGAACCUUUUUUUGUGAUUGAAAAUAUUCAACAGGUUUCAAUCUGAGUUAGAAUUUCGUAUUUUCGUUGUUCAGCAAUAAGGUUAUGAUUGCUAUGCAUAGUAUUUUGAUUUGUGACAUAUAGAGCUAGUGAAUUUUAAUAAGUUUGUCGGUUUAAUUCGAUAUUCAUGUAUAGAUAACGAAUAGGCCGAACCAAAUGAAUGCACAUUUUUAUUGACCAUUUUAGAUUUGGCAAAUAUGAUAAUAUCAUUUUGUGUGUA